AUGGGUUCUGUGGAACAAAUGGCAGGCUACAGAGACUAUCUCCUCGCUGAGACACCCCCGGCCUCUCUCGGCAAACCUGUUACAGAAAUCUGCCUGUUUAAGCUCCUCCCAACGUAUGCCAGAGACCACACGGCCGCCGAAGCCGAAUUCUGCUCUCAAAUCGUCGCCAACACCACCCCGGGCAAGCCUUACGCUAAAGGCAUUCGCGCCCUGACCUGGGGAUUCUCCGAAGCUGAUCCAGCCACCUUUUUCUGGACCCUCGACUGGGAUAAAAUCGAGAACCACUGGGAUUUUUGGUUGACGCCAAGCUUCUCGCCCGUCAUAGCUGCAAUCAACAAGCUCUUCGAACCGGGCCGCCCACUCGUACGCCACUUUGAUUUUGACGGGGCGAAAACCCCAAGCCGUACGCUCAGCGUGGCAAGGUUCAUGAUCUGGGAUGACGGUACUGAAGGCGUGACGGAAGGCCGAGCUCGUGCUUUGGGAAACUCGAAGGGCAUGGCGCGAGAGGUGCUAGAAGGAUAUGCCGUUGAUGUAAAUGAACAGACUUGGUGGUGCUCGUUGCUGCUUUAUGAGAGUCUGGAGGAGGCAGCAGAUGAUCAUGUGAAGUCGGGCGAUGGUGCUGAGUCUCAUAUUGUCCGUCUGCGCCGCCAAGAUGCAUGA